AUGCAAGAGCCCUCUGCCACUCCGCCAAAGGUCGGCAGUCCUGCGAAAGGCAAUUCUAGAGUUGAGGAUGGCAAGGUCAAAAAGAUAAAGGCCUCUUACAAGAGCGAGACACCAGCCAUACAACAUAUCAACGGCAAGACCUACGCCUGCGAGUCCUGCAAGAGAGGCCAUCGAGUCCACAAAUGUGACCAUGGAAAGACAAGACCCAUCUCCGAGACAAAUCAGCCGGGCCGUCCUUCAGCAGGCCAGAAGAGAGGAUGUCACUGUCCGAGGAACUGCGCAUGUACCACAAAAGCCUGCAAGUGUGAAAGGGACUGUGCUUGUACCCAGGAAAUGUUCUUGAUAGUCCGCGUCGACAACCCCGCCGUUAUCAGUCGGGAUGCGACCUCAACACCAAAGCCAGUCUGGGAAGACGCCGAGGGGAAUAAAAUGACUUUGAAAAAAGUCUGGACAGAUGCCAAUGGAAAAGAAAUCAGCGAUGAGGAAUACCAGGAGCGGAAACGACGCAUGAAGGAGCGUGAAGAGGCCAAGUCAGACGAGGUGAACUCGUCCUGUUGUAGUUCUGGGAAGCCCAAUGCCGAGCCAGAGUCGCCCAAAGGGGGUUGUCGACAUCGUCAAAACGUUGCUGCGAUACAGCCUCAUCCCGGCCUAGUAAAUCCCGAAUCCGACCAUGUCCAGGGGCUUCAACCUCAAUCAGCGGGUGAAACCUGGAAGUCCAGUUGUUCUUGCGGCUCGGGCUGCUCCUGUCUCUACUGCCCUGAUCACCCGAACAACGCGACGUCAAUUAAUCACGCUCAGCAACAAGUCAAGAAUCUAGCAGAACAAGCAUACGUUGGGAAUCAAAGUCUGACACCGGUCCCUUCUAUCUCUCAAAACAAUCCACGGUCGUGUAUGGGCGGGCAACCAUCAUUUUUUCUCUCGAGUACCGCCGAUGUUUCUCAACAUCAGCUUCAGCAAUUCUUUUCCGAGACGCUAAACCCGAACGCCAUCUACUUGACAUACCCUAUUCAGCAGCAUUCUUGGACUAAUCGGCCUCUCAGCUCACACUGUUCCCAUGCACAAUCACCUUCUAGCAGGAUUGGCAGGUCGCCAAACGACGUGUAUGCUGACCCACUAACAGAUACCCCGACUCCUUGGGACCUUCUACCGAAUGAGUCCAAUGGCACGUGGAAUUUCUCGGAUGGACAGCUGGGUGACAACUCCUUCAGCUGGACAGAUUUUGAGGCUUCGUACGGAACAGAUUAUGCUAUUGGUCAAGCAAGGGUCGCGUCCAUGCCAAACGCACAUGAUCUUCCUAUCUUCCAGCCUCAACCAGCCCAACAGACACCAUCAAUGAGUGCGAAUAUCUCCUCUAUCACCAGCCCACCUAUGCUUGGUGGAUUUCCAGACACACUGUCGCCGUUCGACUCCCGAGACCCGUUUGGGAGUUUCGACGAGUCAGCUACCCAAAAUCUGUCCAAUCAAAAUAUUCAGGCAAACGUUUUCAACUCUGGAGCCCUCGCCGACUUUUCGACCUCCUCACUGCCCACCUUUCCUGUCUCUCAACCUCCCAACCUUGAUUUACCUGAGCCUACUGCACAAUUCAGUACGCAGAUGGGUCGUAUCGAUGGUGGCCUCCCAACUUGGAGUGGAAAUGGUUAUGCCUUUUUUCAAGACAGUCAUACCGACCCUGACUUGAAUGGAAGGCCAGUAUCGAGUUCUCCGCCGAUCGCGAGUAAUGCUCUCUGA